AUGGCUGCCAACACUUUGAGGAAGAGAAAAAUCGCAGUCCUAGGUUCCCGUUCAGUUGGCAAAUCUUCUCUUGUCAUACAGUUCAUCGAGAACCAUUUCGUUGAUGCAUACUAUCCAACCAUCGAAAGCACCUUUUCGAAAGGUGUAGCUUAUAGAGGCAUAGAAUAUGACUGUGACAUCAUCGACACCGCUGGCCAGGACGAGUACUCAAUUCUCAAUUCUAAACAUGCAAUUGGUAUUCACGGCUACGUCCUCGUCUACUCAGUCACCUCAAGACGAUCUUUCGAUAUGAUCAAAAUCGUAUACGACAAAAUCGUUGAUUUUUGUGGCAAAAACGACAUCCCAUGCGUGAUCGUUGGCGCUAAAACUGAUUUACAGUCGAGUAGACAGGUGCCUCCAAAUGAAGGGGAAGAACUUGCAAAACUCAACAACGCUGCUUGGGUCGAGACUAGCGCGAAGAAUAAUGUCAACGUCGGCAAAGUCUUCGAGCUAUGUCUUGCGGAGAUUGAGAAACGAUCACCAUCUAGCAAAACGGAUCAGCCAGAAGCAAGCAGGUGUCUUAUUAUGUGA